AUGUCCAUCUCCGGUGUCAUGAUCUCAGUCUCUGUGGCUAAGGCCUUCCCUGCUUUUGACCUGAAAGCCAAGACCAGCAGUGAGUUUGGAAGCGCUAUCCUGGAUCCAUCCCCUCUCCCAGGCCCGGAGGAGGCACUCGGGAAGGCGCAGCUGCCCGGAGCUGCUCCAGCACAGCCCGGCCUGGAGCAUCCGUCCGGGAUGCUGGACAAGGGGGACGUGACGGCCCUGAGCCUCCCUGCCAACGCCGGCCACGGCGACGCUGACGGCAGCAUCUGCCUGGACGUCCCCGAGGGCACCCCGGACCCGCAGCGGACCAAGGCCGCCAUCGAGCACCUGCACCAGAAGAUCCUCAAGAUCACGGAGCAGAUCAAGAUCGAGCAGGAGGCGCGGGACGACAACGUGGCCGAGUACCUGAAGCUGGCCAACAACGCGGACAAGCAGCAGGCCUCCCGCAUCAAGCAGGUCUUCGAGAAGAAGAACCAGAAGUCGGCGCAGACCAUCGCGCAGCUGCACAAGAAGCUCGAGCACUACCACAAGAAGCUGAAGGAGAUCGAGCAGAACGGGCCGUCCCGGCAGCCCAAGGAUGUUUUCCGGGACAUGCACCAAGGCCUCAAGGACGUGGGUGCCAACGUGCGCUCCAGCAUCAGCAGCUUCAACUCCGGCCCCGGCCCCGGCGGCUUGGGAAGCCCCAAGUCCAACACGCUGGACAGUCACCACAACAGCUUCGACGCCAUCCUGGAGGAGCUGCGGGAGAUCAAGGAGAGCCAGUCGCACCUGGAGGACUCCAUGGAGGACCUCAAGGCGCAGCUGCAGCGGGACUACACCUACAUGACGCAGUGUUUGCAGGAGGAGCGCUACAGGUACGAGCGCCUGGAGGAGCAGCUGAACGACCUCACGGAGCUGCACCAGAACGAGAUGACCAACCUGAAGCAGGAGCUGGCCAGCAUGGAGGAGAAGGUGGCCUACCAGUCCUACGAGAGGGCGCGGGACAUCCAGGUGGGUGGACGCUCCUGCCUGACGGGGGUCACCAAGCUGGAGCUGCAGCAGCAGCAGCAGCAGGUGGUGCAGCUGGAAGGGGUGGAGAACGCCAACGCGCGGGCCCUGCUGGGCAAGUUCAUCAACGUCAUCCUGGCCCUCAUGGCCGUGCUGCUCGUCUUCGUCUCCACCAUUGCCAACUUCAUCACGCCGCUCAUGAAGACCCGCAUGCGCAUCCUCAGCACCGCCCUGCUCGUCCUCUUCCUCCUCUUCCUCUGGAAGCACUGGGACUCCAUCACCUACUUCCUGGAGCACGUGCUGCUUCCCAGCUGAUCCCCGGCCCGGC